AUGAAAUCAGGGUCGUUUUCUGUUGAUGGCGUCCCCGCGAGCAUUACCAAGGUUUCACAGACGACGGCUACGGCGGUUUCAGCUCGCUCUCCCCGUCUUCUUCCUACCCGUGACUCCUCUUCUGCCGCCGCCGGUAUGCCUCUCCCCAAAGCUUCGAUGCUCAUCCUCCGAGCUGCUUUCCUUUUCACGCUCCUCACUCUUUCCGUUUUGAUGCUUUACACUGUUACUGAUUCCGUCCGCUUCCUACGUUUCCCCUCCGCUUCCACUUUCGUUCGCAUUUUCCCUUCCUAUCUCAAUUACGUUCCUUCUCCGGACCCAAUGAAACGUCUUGAAGAAACUUUGAGGAAUGCUUCUACGGGGAAUAAGACUGUUAUUUUAACAACGUUGAAUGAUGCCUGGGCAAGUACCAAUUCGGUUGUUGACCUUUUCCUCAAGAGUUUUAUGCUUGGAGAGGGCACGCAUUGGCUUUUGAACCAUUUGGAGAUUAUUGUCUUGGAUGAAAAGGCAUAUAAUUGUUGUCAAGUUGUACAUAAGCAUUGUUUUUCUCUUGUCACUGAGGAUGUUGAUUUUCAACAGGAAGCAUACUUUAUGACCCCUAACUACUUGAAGAUGAUGUGGAGAAGGAUUGAUUUCCUGCGUUCUGUUCUUGACUUGGGUUAUAGUUUUGUUUUCACGGAUGUUGAUAUCAUGUGCUUUAGGGAUCCGUUUCCACAGUUCUUUCCAGAUGCUAUCCGUAAGAUACGAUCUUUACGCCAUUUUGAUUCACCGCUGUCAGAGGUGAUUGUUGUUGACCAAGAAGAAGAGUAA